AAAUAAAAUGUUGAGGUCAAUUGGGAAGGGUAAUAUCGUCAUUACAAAUUAAAACCCUAAAUUCCUCCAUUCGGUUCUCCCAUUUAUAUCCUCGCUAUCAUUUCCUUCCCUCCCCUCGCGAUCUGAACUGAGGUUAUAUCAUCUAGAUUGCAAUCAUGGCUGAUGGAUCGCAGCAUCCAUCAGUUGUUCAGAAGUUAGCUGGAAAGUCUUAUCUUAUGUCCAGUCUUAGCCCCAACUUUCGCACCCGAAAUUAUUCCACGUCUGGUGCUUACUUCAAUGGGGGAGUGCAGUCUUCUGGUUUGGCCAUGGUGUCACCUGUACCUUCGAUUACUGUUCCCGCUCCGGCAGAGAAAGGAUUCUCUGGAUUUAUGGUGGAUUUUCUGAUGGGAGGAGUGUCUGCUGCAGUAUCGAAGACUGCUGCUGCUCCAAUUGAGCGAGUCAAAUUACUUAUCCAAAAUCAGGAUGAAAUGAUCAAAACUGGUCGGUUAUCUGAGCCAUAUAAGGGCAUUGGUGAUUGUUUUGCUCGAACCAUGAAGGAUGAGGGUGUAAUUGCUCUUUGGAGAGGCAAUACUGCUAAUGUUAUCAGAUACUUCCCCACUCAGGCUCUGAACUUUGCUUUUAAGGAUUACUUCAAGAGGCUUUUCAAUUUUAAAAAAGACAAAGAUGGUUACUGGAAAUGGUUUGCUGGGAAUUUGGCGUCUGGUGGUGCUGCUGGGGCUUCCUCCCUCUUAUUUGUCUAUUCUUUGGAUUUUGCCCGUACUCGUUUGGCAAAUGAUGCAAAGGCUGCAAAGAAGGGUGGUGAGAGGCAGUUUAAUGGCUUGGUUGAUGUCUACAAGAAAACCAUUGCGUCUGAUGGCGUUGCUGGUCUUUAUCGAGGAUUCAACAUCUCAUGUGUUGGAAUUAUAGUGUAUCGCGGUCUUUACUUCGGAAUGUAUGAUUCUCUGAAACCAGUUGUUUUGGUUGGUGGGCUGCAGGAUAGUUUCUUUGCUAGUUUCCUUUUGGGAUGGGCAAUCACAAUUGGUGCUGGUUUGGCUUCUUAUCCCAUUGACACUGUGCGUAGAAGAAUGAUGAUGACUUCUGGAGAAGCUGUGAAGUACAACAGCUCUCUUCAUGCAUUCCAAACUAUCGUCGCUAAAGAGGGUACAAAGUCACUCUUCAAAGGUGCUGGUGCAAACAUAUUACGUGCUGUUGCUGGUGCUGGUGUGCUUGCUGGUUAUGACAAGCUGCAGCUCAUCAUGUUUGGAAAGAAAUAUGGUUCUGGCGGCGGCUAAAUGAUGACGACAAUUACGCGCAAUAAUUAUGCUGAUUCCUUUUUCAUUUGAAUAAUUUUGGAUGCAAGACACUGAUACUGCUGUUUUCCCGAAUUUUGCGAACAUGAAUUUUAAUUGUUCGUCACAUGUCAUGGGCUUAUUAUAGUCCGUGCAGUUUGAGACCCCCUUUUUGAUUGAAUUUAAGACUAUCGUUUUGACUACUCAUGUUUGGUUGAAAUUCGAUUCUGUCUAAUGAAAGUUUUAUUUCGUUCAA